UAAAUAGUUCUAAAUAUUUUUUCAAAUAUGAUAUAUUUUAUUAGAGAAAGCUUUAUUUCCUUUUUUAUUCUUUCUUAAAAAAAAUAGCAUUGUAAAAGAUGUAUUAUUCGACUUACUUGCUGAUUCACUAGUAUUAAUCGCAUGGCGUAAAACGUCAUUCUCGGUUUUAGUCUAAUCCGAAAUUUGCAACAAUCAUAGUCAUAAGACAUGAAAUGGUAGGAAUAUGUUUCUAAAUUUCUUAUAAUAUUGUGGCUGUAAUCUUCUAAGCACAACAGAGGGAAGCGAGAGCAAACAUUGUAUAGAAGUAAGAAUGAGCAGUAAGGUCAUUUAUCAGGAUGCUCUUCUUAUAAUGAGCUGAAUAUAGAUAAAUUUUGAGGAACUUAACUAAAAUAACAAGAAAAAAUCCUUUUAACAUAAGAAAAUGUCUUCUAAGAACGAAUCCGAAAAGACUCGUUCGAGUGGUGAGGAAAAGACACAAACAGAAUUUUCCAAUCAGAAAGAAAAUCCUGUACCAAAAAUGAUGAGAGUCUAUAUUUACGUUUCUGACAAUGCCUGUUCAAUUCUAUCCGAAAUAAAACAAAUGAAAAUAGAAUUAGUUAUGUUCCUGUACAUGUUCGCUAAUAUGAUGAUAAUGGUUACUCUUACAAGUCUCAUCAUGGAAAAAGUGUGUCUUGUUCAUCUAGGUGAGAGCGAAGAUGUUUGCUCUAAUCUGAAAGACAAUUUGAAAACGAAAACUAAAGUAGAGAAACAGGCAAGCAAUUAUAGCGUCGGUAUCUCUUUAGUACAGAUGAUUCCAUCCAGUAUCUUAGCUUGCUUCAUAGGAGCAUGGAGUGACAGAUACAGUAGGAAAAUUCCUCUCAUAAUGGCUUUGAUAGGGACAACUAUCAAUGGAUUGGGUUCAACACUUUUGGCUGCUGUUUUCUACAGUAGAGCGGAAUUCCUUUUCAUUCCAUCAACAUUUGCAGGAAUUUCAGGCGGAAUGGUCACUGUCAUGACGGUUUUGUACAGUUUUGCCUCAGAUACCACCACAUUUGGCAAAAGAACUAUUAAAUAUGCUUUCCUAGAGUUUGCUUUUGGUCUGGCCAUGCCCCUCGGACAAUUAGCUGGUGGAUGGUUGUUCCAGUGGUUCGGCUAUAUCCCUGUCUUUUUAGUGUCCACCUGUUGUCAUAUUUUUUCAUUAGUAUUCGUCAUAUGUGUCCUGCAGGAAACGAAAGGUUUAGAUAACAAAGAUAGUUGGAUUGUAAAACUCCGGAAUUUAUGGUCUGUUCAACCCGUGCUGGAAAGCAUCAGAGCAACUAUAAAACCAAGACCCAAUAAAGGAAGGCUUCAGAUCUUGCUUUUGAUUUUAGCUAUGAGUUUAGCAGUAUUAAGUUAUGCAUCAACAGGAAACAUCAAUUUCAUAUACUGUCAUCAUUUGUACGAUUGGGGUAACACAAAAUUUUCAACUAUAUCAUCCAUCUUUUCUGUGAUUGGUACAGCAGGUGUGAUGAUUUCUGUGCCAAUAUUCAGGAGGUACAAAACAGAAGAUCCGAUUUUGGGUAUUGUUGGAAGUUCUUCACUUCUAAUAAAAAAUGUUGCAAUGGGUCUCGCGCAUAAGGAAGAAUUUUAUCUUUUGGCGAAUUUGUUUGGUUUGUUGUCAGGACUUGCUACACUUGCUGGCCGCUCCAGAAUAUCCAAAGUUACUUCGAAAGACGAUAUAGGAAAGGUCUUCUCUUUCGUCACUACAGCGGAAUCGAUACUGCCGAUCCUUAGUACAGUUGUUGCUACACAGAUCUUUACAGCAACAAUAGAUUUCUAUCCAGGAUUGGUUUAUUUAGGAUUGGGAGGCAUUCUCAUCCUUCCUCUUGUUAUAUUUAGUUGGAUUUCAAGACUUCCUAUAAUAAAUUACGAACAGAUGCACAAUGAAUCUGAAGACAAGGUUCUGAGUGGUGAUCCUUGCAUGGAGACUGAAACUGCACAGAGUAGCAAUGUAGAAGAUGGAAAUGAACUUGAACUUAAGAGUAAUGUAUAGAAAACGGCUAGCGCAGCUUUAGAUAAAAAAUGUAAUAAUCUAUUCAAAAAAUCAUUCUUUAUUCAAGGCAAUUUUCUUGAGUUCUUAUUAUUUUAGACUUUAACUGAUAGCAGAAGAAAUAAAGAAACGCAAAACAAGAAUGGAAUAAUUUAUAUUAGAGUUUCUGCAGUUGAUUUCUGAAAAAUGAUUACAUUUUGGUGUCAAAAAAUAUUGAAAAAUUUUUGAGUGAUUAUUUGAAAAAAAAAAAAAAUUCUAUUCACUUAAAGCAUUUUUUUAAAACUGAUAAUGUGCAAUUAAAGUGUAAAUAACAGAAAUCAAAUAAUUAGAUGAAAGAAAAAAAUUAACAAAUUGUGCAAUACUCAUGGUUGGUAUUGAAAGCUAAAAUUUGCUGCAUUUCUAAUUUCUUUCAAGUGUCUUAAUAAUCAUAAGGCAGAAACCACAACACACAAUUUAUUCUAACUUUGCUACUUAAUCGUUAAGUUAAUUUAUGGUUCUUUUUCGUCAUGUUCACAUAAGGUUUUCUGUGCCAUGUGUAUUGUUAAUUUCACAUUUCCCAUAAGUUCAGUAUAAUAAAGAUGUGUUUAUCAAAAAUUUGAGAAAUUAUUAGUUUAAUUAAUAAAAGCCUAAGCUUAUACUUAAUAUCAUUAUUCAU